CGUGACAUGAGUUUUCCCGCCAGUUUCAUUGUUUUGUCUCUGCUAUAUUUUCUGUGCUUUGCUUUUUUUUACGUUAACUUUUUUAAAUGGACAUCAUCCGAAGUUUCAGGAAUUAUCGUCUUAUGAAUUACAUUUGAAGUUUUAAACUGUGGUCAGAGUGUUUAGUUAGUAUAAUACUAGAAGAAUGGCUGAAGUACUAAUUGCAAAUCCAGAUAAUAUAAUGGAAGAGAACAUUGCAAAGAGAUUGAAAUCAGCCGAUCUCGAAGAAAAAUUGAACAACAACAUAGGUGUUCCUGCCAAAACAUCACCAGAACGUUGUGAUAAAUGUAACCAGUACUCUGAUCAAAUUUUGUAUUACAAUGGUCAUCUCAACAACUCCAGUGAAGAGUUUGUAGCUUUAACUCAUGAGAAACUGUCUUUGUUUACGGGUAAAGAGGACGUAAUUGAUGAACUAGAUGAGAUUCCAACACACAAGAUUACACAUUUUAGUAUUUAUGAUGAAAAAGGGCAUUUAGUUCCUUUCGAUGCCGGACUUGUAGAAUGUAAUGUUCCACUGUACUCAGUGGAUUCAUCAAACCAGUGUAUGAAGAGGAUUCUAGUGAUAAUAAUGGAAUUGCAGCUCAUGAUUGUGGUCCUAUUAAUGAGUGGUGGUCAGCCGGCUUUGAUGGUGGUGAAAAGCUACCUAUCGGACUCACAACCGAAUAUGCACAGUAUUACUUGAUGGAACCGUCUGCAGAGUAUCAGCCAAUUUUCAAAAAGAUAAAAGAAAAAAUGAUGCUAGCCAAAAUAAUAGUAGAAUUUUUGUUGGACAAGGCGUGGGAAUCUCCCACCUUGGAAGAUCUGAUUCAGCAUAUUGCAAGCUUUGGCGAUUAUGAAAAUAUUGAAGAUAUUUUGUUGAAAAACGCACAGUUUAUUUGUGAUCAGGUGUACAAUAUUGACGUGGUGUCAGAAGAUACGAGAGAUGAAGACGACAAGCCUUUGAUCACAGUUCCAUGUAUAAGAUCCCUGGUCAAAAUGGCUGGGGUUACUUUCAAAAAGAACAAAAAGAUGCGCGUCAAUGGGAAGAAGGAAAUAAAGUACAAAGCUCCGAAAUGGACGAAGGCUGUGACGACAAAGCUGGUGAGGGACGUAUUCGAGCACUUUUUCACUGGCCAGUUAGACAGACGUGACAUAACCGAUGAGAACAAAGGCCCUAAACGGAGGAGAUGCGGCAUAUGCGAGGCGUGUCAGUCGCCUGACUGCGGGGAGUGCCGUAACUGCAAGGAUAUGCUCAAGUUCGGCGGCUCCGGACGCUCAAAACAGGCCUGUAAAAAUAAAAGAUGCCCGAGCAUGGCCAUACAAGACGCAGAGAUGUCCGACAACGAAGACGAAGAUGAUCUGAAAGUGAAACCCAAGAAAGAUAUAAAGACUCACUGUUCUAAAAAAAUUUUACACAUCGUUACCUUUUCGGAAAAAGCAAACACCGUGUACAAAGGAAGAACGUGUUAUUCAACUGCAGUUGUCGGCGAUUUAACCGUCAGGACCGGCGACUUCGUGAUGCUAAAAUCGGAAAAUCCGAAAGACCCUCCAUGUGUCGCUAAAGUGAUUCAUAUGUUCGACAAUCUGCCGCAGAAAUACAUGUUCCACGGUCUCUUGUUUUGUCGGGGUACUGAUAGCAUUCUAGGUGAAACUGCCGACCCUAGAGAGCUGUUUCUUGUGGACGAUUGUGACGAUUUACCGCUGGGCAGUAUUAUCCAGAAAGCACAGGUCGAGUACAGAAAGCACCCUGAAAACUGGUCAGAAAUUGGUGGCGAGUUGAGCCUUCCAGAGUCUCUCGAAGAUGAUGGGAAGACAUUCUUUUAUACCCAAAGGAUGGACGAAAAUAGAUUCAUAGAUAUUGAUUUUGAAAAAGAGAUCAAGGAUAACGAAUGCACUUCAUGCAGGCGAAAAAACGAACAAAUGUGGUACAAUAAUAUAGUUUUCAAGGACGAUAUUGCCAAAUGGAGGAACGACACAUACAAAGUUGGCACGGGGGUAUUUCUUACACCUGAAACGUACAGUUUUGAAAAAUUUGAAGGUGAACAAGAAAAAGAAGAUACAGAAAAAUAUGUGGACGAGCGUAUCUAUCCAGAAUAUUACAGAAAAACAAGAAAAACGGACACGAUAAAGGGUUCAAACAGUGACACAGCCGAUCCUUUUGUCAUUGGAAUCAUCGAAGAGAUUUUUGCCCAAAAGGAUGAAGUUAAAAUUAAAGUUAGGAUUUUCUGUCGGCCGGAAAAUACCAUUAAAGCAACCCUGGCUCAUUCUAAAGAUUUGAAUUAUCUCUAUUAUACAGACCAAGUGAAAACAGUAGCAUUUAGUAACGUUGAAGGAAAAUGCUAUAUCUCGUUCGAAGAACAUUUAGUAUCUCCUACGGAAUGGUGCCAAGAAGGUCCAUACAGAUAUUAUUUUAACGACUGUUAUAACCUUAAAACCCGCAGUUUUGAAUCUGUACCUGAUAUUGCAAAAAAGAUCGGAAGCAUGGGGAAAGGUAAAAAGGGGCAGCUCAUAAAAGGGAGAGCCAAAACAACGUACGAACCGCCACCAAUAUGGGAGAAUGUAGAAACCUUGAGAUGUAUGGACAUAUUUGCCGGAUGCGGAGGAUUGUCUGAAGGUUUACAUCAGGCUGGGAUCGCUGAUACUAAAUGGGCUAUCGAGAAAGAAAUUCCGGCAGCGAACGCUUUCCGCCUGAAUUACCCGGACUGCAAAGUGUUCACAAGCGACUGCAACGAACUGAUGAGAAAACUGUUGAACGGCGAAGGUCAAGACAUCGGACUCCCUGAAAAAGGAGACGUCGAGAUGUUAGUCGGAGGACCACCGUGCCAAGGAUUCUCUGGAAUGAACAGAUUUAAUGCGGGAGCUUACUCGUUGUUCAAGAACUCGUUAGUCGUCUCGUUUCUUAGUUACUGUGAAUAUUUGAGACCCAAGUACGUGAUCCUUGAAAACGUGCGAAACUUCGUGUCCUUCAAGCGAAGCAUGGUGCUGAAGCUGACCCUGCGCUGUCUGUCAGCGAUCGGGUAUCAAGUGACGUUCGGCAUAGUCCAAGCGGGACAUUACGGCGUUCCGCAGACGAGAAGACGGUUCAUCCUGAUGGCAGCAGCUCCCGGUUAUCAACUUCCUCUGUAUCCUGAGCCGCUUCACGUGUUCAACAAGAGGGGUUGCCAGUUGUCGUUUGCUGUGGAAGGGGUUCGAUAUUUCAACGGCUGCAAAUGGACGGAAACGGCGCCCUACCGCACCAUCAACGUUCGAGACGCAAUGUCCGACUUACCGGCAAUCGCGAACGGUUUCAGUCGUACAGAGACGCCGUACGUGUACAGCGCCGCCUCGCAUUUCCAGCGGACGUUGCGCGAACAAGACGACACGGCGGUGUUGCGCGAUCACAUUUGCAAGGAGAUGUCGCCACUGGUCACCGCGAGGAUCGAGCACAUCCCCACUUUCCCGGGGGCUGACUGGAGGGCGUUGCCGAAUAUCGAGGUGCGGCUGAGGGAUGGCACAUACACGCAAAAGUUGCACUAUCUUUAUCUGACGAAGAAGCAGGAGAAAGGCGAGACGCCUCGUGGCGUAUGCCGAUGCUCUACAGGCAAAUCGUGCUCUUUAAUGGACAAGCAGUCUGCAUCGAGCUGUUCCUUGAUUCCAUGGUGUUUGCCGCACACAGCUGACAGGCAUAACCAGUGGGCCGGAUUGUACGGAAGAUUGGAGUGGGAUGGAUUCUUCGGUACCACGGUGACGAAUCCGGAGCCGAUGGGUAAACAAGGGAGAGUGCUGCAUCCAGAACAAAACAGGGUAGUGAGCGUAAGGGAGUGUGCCAGAUCUCAAGGCUUUCCUGACAAAUUCAAAUUCUUCGGCACCAUCCUAGAUAAACAUCGACAAGUAGGAAAUGCUGUACCCCCACCACUAGGAAAAUCUCUUGGCUUAGAAAUUAGAAAGGCCUUGUAUGAAACGAACCAAAAGAAACAGUCUCCCAUUAUAGAGCAGUAGUAUUAAUUUUUCAACCAAAGCCUUUUAUUGCGCAUACUCUGGACAGUAUAUUUGCAUCUGAUUCGGAUUUUUUGCUCAAUUUUAUUCAAAAUCGCACCUAUUUGUCAGGUCGGAAUUUGCGUUGCAGUUCCAAAAACUGUUUUUUUUUUUCGCUCUGGUUAAACUCCCCUUUUGACAUUUGGAACAAAAAAGGUGAUUACGAAAAUUUCUAAAUGCGAAAUAUGCCAUUUUCUACCCUCGGAGAACAAUAUGAAAUGAAUUAUAGAUUACAAAACUAAAAAACACACUUUAAUAGCAAACAUACGAGGGUGGAUCAAGUAUAAACCGGAAUUCUUUUUUAAUAUCCAGUUAAUCAUUUUUCUAUGUAAUCUCCUCCACGUUCUACACAUAUUUCCCAGAAAAUAGUAAUUAUCAAGAAUAGGACAGUUUGUGUUACUACAAUCAAAUAUGACUAAUUAAUUUGGAUUAAGGUCACUAUGAAAAUUAAUAUAUUCACAAAAAGCUCAGUUAUAGUGAAAAAGCGUGGAGUGCGAGAUAUUUAAUGUUAGAAUUAUUUUUUUAGUUGCUAUUUACAAAACUGGAAUCAUUAUGAAAAUAUAGUUAAUUUUUGAAUGAGAUUAUGCAAAACACAGAAUCAGUAUGUUGUCCAUCAGAGGCGAAAAUAUUGCCCGCGCUAACAGUGGAUCCAAGUUUCAUGCGAUUUGACCUUUUCAAUGUUUUUCGAAUAGAGUUGACUCAAAAAUAGAUGGAUUUUCUGUCACAUACAAGUGCCUUUUUUCAACAUCUCUUUAAUUAACUUUUAUUGACAACAAUACUGACGUAUAUUUUAAACCAAAACAGACUGACAUUGCUGAAUGUUACUUUUUGUAUUUUAAUGUUUUAUAUGUUCUCCAUAAUACAAUGUUGGAUAUUUUGAUAGACGUGAAACAGUAUUUUAGAAUAAAAUUUUAUUCAUUACUUUAUUUCCCUAAAAAUCUUACAAAUCCGUUGCUGGUCUUCAGAGAAAAUAUUGAUACUGAUCUAUUUUAAGUGAAGACAUUUAACUUCUUUGGUGUUUUUUCAAGAAGUCAUAAACAUUUAAUAAAUAGGAUGAAUAGUCAGCGAAUAUUGUCAAAAAAUUGUGUUAUGUUGACUAGAAAUAGAAAUGUAAGCAAGAGAGUUGUGUUCGAAAAAAGUCACCAAAAUACUUACAUACCAUAAUAAAAAAACUCAUGAUACCUCUGCCUUGUGUCCCAUUUUAAUUUCUCCUAAAUAUUUGCACAUUCUAGAAAAAACUUUCAAACAAGGUUUCGAGUGAGAGAAAUGAUGGUGAUCUAGACAAUUAACUUGACUGCAAGCUUCAAUGUUAAGUCAGUAUUUCAAAUACAACAUCCCCUUUUUAAUAGAAAAAAGGACCACAUUUUACUUCCGUACAUUAUUUUGACCAUGACCUUGAACAUUGCUUUUUAAUGGCAUUUGACGGUCAAAUCAAGACAUCUAAAACAAUUUGCUCUAGCAAAACAAGUUCGACAGCACAGUUGUGAAAUUUAUGGGAUCACCCUUGAUCAUGUCCUUCAAGGUCAAGUAAAAUUGUUCAAUAGAAACCACUCGUUUUUAUACAGGAAUUGAAAAAAGCAGAAAAUUUAACAUCCGAAUAUGACCUUGACCUCAAAGUCAGGGUCGUGUCAAGCUUGAAUAUUUUUUUAAGUCAAGGUCAUAUUCGGGCGUAAAAUUUCCUGCUUAUUCUAUUUCCAGUAUAAAAGUGAGAGGUUUCUUGUGAGAGUUUUGCAUUGACCUUGAAUAUGAUCUUAGCCUCAAAGUCAAAUUUCUAUUAUAAAAAUGAGGUUUUCUUUGGAACUUAUGAAUAUCAAGGUCGUGGCCACGGCCACCUUUGGGUGAUCCCCACAAACCUCACAACUGUGCUGUCGAACAUUUCUGUUAGAGCAAAUUCUUUUUGAUGCCUUGAUUUGACCUUGAAAACAAUGUUGGAGGAGAAAGCUAAGACGAUGUUCGGACUUGAAAAUUUCGAUUCCGAUAUGAACACACGAUCUUGGAGGUUUUAUUCAAGGUCACUGUUGAGAUCACCAUUGUUGUUUCCUCUUGAAACCCUAGAACUUUUGUGUGUCAAGCUUAAAAGCUUUUUGUAGUCAAGGUCACAUUCACCAGUAAAAAAAACGAGAGAUUUCCUUUAGAAAUUUUGCGAUGUCGUUGAAAGUCAAGGUCGUGGCUAAGGCUACAUUUGAGUGAUCGCCAUAAACCUCACAACUAUGUUGUUAACCAUUCUUGCUAGAGCAAGUUCUCUUUGAUGCCUUGAUUUGACCUUGAGAACAAUGUUCGAGGUCAAGGCUAAGAUGAUGUUCGGACGUAAACUUCCAUUUUUCGCUUCCGAUAUGAACACUUGCUCUUGAAGGUUGUAGUCAAGGUCACUGUUGAGAUCACCAUCGUUGUUUCCUCUUGAAACCCUAGAAGCUUAAGUGUUUUUUGUAGUCAAGGUCACAUUCACCAGUAAAAAAACGAGAGAUUUCCUUUAGAAAUUUUGCGAUGUCGUUGAAAGUCAAGGUCGUGGCUAAGGCUACAUUUGAGUGAUCGCCACAAACCUCACAACUAUGUUGUUAAACAUUCUUGCUAGAGCAAUUUCUUUUUGAUGCCUUGAUUUGACCUUGAGAACAAUGUUCGAGGUCAAGGCUAAGAUGAUGUUCGGACGUAAACUUCCAUUUUUCGCUUCCGAUAUGAACACUUGAUCUUGAAGGUUGUAGUCAAGGUCACUGUUGAGAUCACCAUCGUUGUUUCCUCUUGAAACCCUAGAAGCUUAAGUGUUUUUUGUAGUCAAGGUCACAUUCACCAGUGAAAAAACGAGAGAUUUCCUUUAGAAAUUUUGCGAUGUCGUUGAAAGUCAAGGUCGUGGCUAAGGCUAUCUUUGAGUGAUCCCUACAAACCUCACAACUAUGUUGUUAAACAUUCUUGCUAGAGCAAUUUCUUUUUGAUGUUUUGAUUUGACCUUGAGAACAAUGUUCGAGGUCAAGGCUAAGAUGAUGUUCGGACGUAAACUUCCAUUUUUCGCUUCCGAUAUGAACACUUGACCUUGAAGGUUGUAGUCAAGGUCACUGUUGAGAUCACCAUCGUUGUUUCCUCUUGAAACCCUAGAAGCUUAAGUGUUUUUUGUAGUCAAGGUCACAUUCACCAGUAAAAAAAACGAGAGAUUUCCUUUAGAAGUUUUGCGAUGUCGUUGAAAGUCAAGGUCGAGGCUAAGGCUACCUUUGAGUGAUCCCUACAAACCUCACAACUAUGGUGUUGAACAUUCUUGCUAGAUAAAAUUGUUUUUGAUGCCUUGCUUUGACCUUGAAAACAAUGAUCGAGGGCGUGGCCAAGGUGAUUUGCGGACGUAAAAUUUUCAUCUCUUCAUUCGUAUAUAAAGACUUGACCUUGAAGCUUGUAGGUCACUGUCAAGUUCACCAUUUUUCCCUUUCGAAAUUUGUUUUCUAGAAUGUGCAAAUUUCGUAUCAUAUUUUCUCAAAAAUCAAAUGUUUUACAUGGAAAUUGCUCCAAGGAUCUUUAUUAGCAUUUUUAAGAAAAAAAAGUGCGACUAAAUGUUAAUAGUUUAAGAGUCACG